UGGAAAGCACAUAGACUUGAACAAGUCAAUCUUUAUUCUCUCCCUCACAACUCUCUGAUUAGUCUCUCCGAUUCUCUCUUUUUUCUGUGCGACUCUGCGGGUGCGCGAAAAAGCGAGCAACGAUGGCGUCUUCAGAUCUCGAAAUCAAGGCGAAGGAGGCCUUCAUCGACGACCACUUCGAGCUGGCCGUGGAUCUCUACACCCAGGCCAUCGCUCUCAACCCUAACCACGCCGAGCUCUACGCUGACCGUGCCCAGGCCAACCUCAAACUCGACAAUUUCACUGGGGCUGUUGCUGAUGCAAGCAGAGCAAUUGAGUUGGACCCUUCAUUGUCAAAAGCAUACUUUCGUAAAGGCACUGCAUGCAUCAAGCUUGAGGAAUAUCAGACUGCGAAGGCAGCAUUGGAAACAGGUGCAUCUUUGGCUCCAGGAGAUUCAAGAUUCACUAAUUUGAUUAAAGAAUGUGAUCAGCGCAUUGAAGAGGAAGCUGGUGAUAUACCAAUACACUCAUCGGAGAAAACAACCCCAGGAAAUGUUGUACCUAUGGAAGUUGUUCAGCCUUUCAAUGAACUUUCCGAUCAGGUGAUUGUAGCAUCAGCCAAACCAAAAUACAGGCAUGAAUACUACCAGAAGCCAGAGGAAGUGGUUGUAACUAUAUUUGCAAAGGGCAUACCGGCUGAAAGUGUUUCUGUUGAGUUUGGUGAACAAAUACUGAGUGUUAGCAUUAGCGUUCCUGGUGAGGAUGCAUAUCAUUUUCAACCUCGCUUGUUUGGAAAGAUAAUACCUUCCAAGUGCAGAUAUGAUGUUUUGUCUACCAAAGUUGAAAUCCGCCUUGCAAAAGCUGAAUCAAUACUCUGGAAGUCUCUUGAAUUCAGCAAAGAAAAUACAGUUCCUCAAAAGGUUAAUGCCUCAGUUACUGGAUCUCAAAGACCUACUUACCCAUCCUCAAAACCAAAGAGAGUAGACUGGGACAAGCUCGAAGCUGAAGUGAAGAAGGAGGAGAAAGAUGAAAAGCUUGAUGGUGAUGCAGCUUUAAACAAAUUUUUCCAAAACAUAUACUCAGAUGCUGAUGAGGACACCAGAAGGGCCAUGAAAAAAUCAUUUGUUGAGUCAAAUGGGACAGUGCUCUCCACAAACUGGAAAGAAGUGGGUUCAAAGAAGGUGGAGGGAAGUCCUCCCGAUGGUAUGGAGAUGAAGAAAUGGGAGAUCUAAGAGUCUUGCUCUAAUCACAUAUAUUGUAAUUGAGUGCGCGAUUUUGCUUCUUAAAUGUUUUUUAGUCCUUUCGUUUUCAAGCUUUGUUGGUGUGGUUGCUUGUGCUGGAAUGCAAGGAAACUCGCUCUCUCUUCUUUUUAGUUCUUCCUUUUGGUUAUGUGUACUUUAUUUUGCUCAAAAUUGACACUUGAUGUAAUUCCAGUAUCAGAACCCCGUUGCUCUUAAAUCAAAAUGACUUUUGAGUUUCUAGGUU